AACACAUCGAUUAACGCAGCUGAAAAUUGUUUUAUGUUUAAUUAAAUACAAGCAGAUAAGCCGAGUACUAAUUGGUGUUCUGGGCGUUAAGUAGUCGCCACCGUUUUCCACAUAAGACUUUGGUUACUGUUGAUUUCUUGUACCAGUUACGCACUCCUAGAAAAGGAAUCAAAUUUGUUAGUGCUUCUGUGUUGUUGGACACUGACUUUUUAUCGGGGCUUCGAAGAAAAUAAAAUUCUGGACCAGCCGCAACAAUUGUCAGGAUGACGACCAAACACAUUUAUUCCACAACCAAUUUGUCGGACCUGCAGCUGAAGGAGCAGGGCAAUUGCCUGUUUGCAGCCCGAAAAUAUGACGACGCAAUAAACUGCUACUCAAAGGCCAUCAUAAAAAACCCCACAAACGCCACCUACUUCACGAAUCGAGCCCUCUGCAACCUGAAACUGAAGCGGUGGGAACUCUGCUGCCAGGAUUGUCGGCGCGCCCUGGACAUCGAUGGGAACCUGCUGAAAGGACACUUCUUCCUGGGCCAAGGACUCAUGGAAAUCGACAGCUUUGACGAGGCCAUAAAGCACCUUCAACGGGCUUACGAUCUCUCCAAGGAACAAAAGCAAAACUUUGGGGAUGAUAUUACCUUGCAAUUGCGUCUAGCUCGCAAAAAACGUUGGAACGUCUUGGAGGAGAAGCGAAUACAGCAGGAAAUUGAAUUGCAAACCUAUUUGAAUCAGUUAAUUAAAGGAGACAUGGAAAGCCGUCUAUCAAAUUUAAAACUUAAUGAAAGUGCACACGAAGAACAACUAAAAGACAAACAACAGGAGAUUGAACAAGAGUGUGACGACCACAUAAAAGAACUAAACAACAUAUUUUCUAAAGUUGAUGAACGCCGAAGGAAGCGCGACGUUCCCGAUUUUUUAUGUGGCAAAAUUAGUUUUGAAAUAUUAACGGACCCUGUGAUAACUCCAUCUGGAAUUACCUAUGAACGCAAAGAUAUAGAAGAGCAUUUACAGCGCGUUGGACAUUUUGAUCCUGUUACACGUGUGAAGCUCACUCAGGAUCAACUAAUACCAAAUUUUUCGAUGAAGGAAGUGGUUGACUCUUUUAUUGCAGAGAACGAAUGGUCUUUAGAUUAUUGAGUUAUGUAUUAUGGGAUAAACAUUGUAAUUGAAUAGAUGUUAGAACCGAGUUCACAUUGUCUAAAAACCAGAAUAGUGAUAAUAAAUGUGGAUCUGCAACUGA